AUGGAAUCAAAACAGCUUAAACGAUACGAAGAAAAUUUUAAUGAAGAUUCAUCUAUACAUAACGUUUUUAGCUGGCUGUUUUUCACAAUGCAAAUUUUUGGUUUUAUGCCUCUACAAGGAAUAUUCAAAAAACAGUUAACCGAAAUACGUUUCUCUUGGAGAUCUUUUAGAGCUCUUUACGCACUGAUAACAUGUAUAGGCCUAUUUUUCAUGACGGCUAUACAACUGAUCAGGUUUUUUAAGUUUAAUAUACAAAUGAUAGAGGUACAGAGAUUUUGGUAUUUUGGAAAAUCAUGGUUUGUUAGUAUGUUUUUUAUUUCCAUUGCUAAAGAUUGGAACAAUUUUUUGAAAAAGUGGAACAAGUUAGAUGAAGCAAUAAUGAAAUUUGGAAAACCGAUUCCUGUCAAACGGAAGCUUUUAUGGCUUCUGGGUUUUUUUGUUACUGUAUUUAUAGGUGAUUACGUAUUGAUUCAGGUUCAAAGAGUCCAAGAAGAUAUUAUAAAAGGUAAUGUGAUAUUAACCUGGGACACGUGGAAUCACUUCCAAAAGAAGAGAAUAUUUCAGUACGUUUAUGUAAUGUUUCCUUAUGAUUUUGUUAGUGGUAUCUGUCUUUUGGCUAGUACUUCAAACUCUCAAACUAGCUUGGAAUAUUAUCACGAAAAAACACCCCCUCAAUCUCCUGAACGAAAGAAACAGAAGAUCGUUCAACUACAAGUACUGUUUUCAGGUACUUUCCUAGAUUUAUUCAUAAUGGGAAUAAGCUUAUGUCUAGCUUCAAGAAUGAGGUUGAUUACAAAAAAAAUACAGCAAGUCGCUACAUGUGAUGGCAUUCCAGAACACGUUUGGAUACAUUUAAGAGAAGGCUACAACGGAUUAGAACUGCUAUGCCAUUACAUUAACUCCAAAAUUGGCUUAGCUAUUUUGAUAUGUUUUAUUGGGAACCUUGGAAUUAUUUUAAUUAACCUAUUUCAUAAUUUGAAAGCGGAUAAAAGCUACAUUCAAAAAAGCUAUUUAUAUUACUCAUUUUUCUUUAUAAUGGCCAAGACGGUAGCAGUUUGCAUUUUUGGUUCAAAAAUUCAUGACGAAAGUCGAAAACCCUUGACGUAUUUGUACGCCAUUAGAGAUUCUGCGUAUAAUGUAGAGAUUAAACGAUUGACACGUCAAAUAGCUAGAGAUACUUUAGCGCUUUCUGGGAUGAAUUUUUUUCAACUACGAAGAAAUAUGUUACUCAAGAUUGCUGGAUCUAUAGUAACCUAUGAAUUGGUGCUUAUUGAAUUCGCUGGAGAUUUCUUGAAAGAACAUCAAAUUGUAAAUAAAACGACAACUCUGUAG